ACGUUCGACAUGUCAGGAGACGGAAGUCCUGGUUGCUAUGGCUUAGAUGGCAGCGGAAGUGUGGCCACCGUUUCCAUGGUGACUGAACUGUAGGCCUGCGAGAGAAUUGCCCCCCCCUUGAAAUAGAGAAUCGAGGUAACCUGGGCCGCUGUGGCUGUAUUCGGCAGUUAGGAGGGCAGGAGAAGGAUGGAGGAGGCAGAGUCAGAGGGGCUGAAGACAAAGUUAUUUCAGAACCAGCCAUACGACGAAAGUCUUGAGGUCAACGACUCAGAAGAGGUUGCAAGUCUGUACACUCCAACUCCCAGAAACCAAGCUCUUUUUAAGCCCAAGCUGAACAGACUUGGAGGAAUGACAGACCCAAAUGUAACCAGUGAAGAGGAGGAUAGUACCAUGGAUGGUAAUAAGAAGGAAAAGAAGCUUGGUCAAGUACGAGGGGUCCCACCACAAAGGUUCAAUGAUGAUGAUGAUGAUUCAGAGGACACGGAUGAUGGAGACGACGACGAUGAUGAUGAUGACGAUGAUGAUGAUGACGACGAUGAUGAAGAGCAUGGAGACUCUAACGAUGGUUAUUAUAAUCCAGCAGACUUUGAACAUCUCCCAGUGACAGCUGAGAUCAAGGAAUUAUUUCAGUAUAUUACCAGGUAUACUGCACAGACUGUAGAAUUGGAUCACAAAUUGAAACCUUUCAUUCCAGAUUUUAUUCCUGCUGUCGGGGACAUUGAUGCAUUUCUAAAGGUCCCUCUGCCAGAUGGGAAGCCAGAUAACCUUGGUCUUAUGACCCUAGAUGAGCCGUCCACCAAGCAGUCUGACCCUACAGUCAUGGCCCUGUGGCUAACUGAGAAUUCUAAGCAGCACAGUGUCACACAUCAGAUUAAAGUAAAAAGCCUGGAGAAUGCAGAAAAGAAUACUAAGGCAAUCGACACGUGGAUAGAAAGUAUUAGUGAACUCCAUCGAUCCAAGCCUGCUGCUACUGUACACUACACAAGACCAAUGCCAGACAUAGACACGCUGAUGCAGGAGUGGCCGCCAGAGUUUGAGGAGCUCCUUGGAAAGGUUGGUCUUCCAACUGCUGAUUUAGACUGUGAUCUUCCCACAUAUAUUGAUGUGAUUUGUGGAAUCCUGGAUAUUCCAGUUUACAAAAACAGAAUACAGUCUCUUCAUGUGCUCUUCUCUCUAUAUUCAGAAUUUAAGAAUUCUCAGCAUUUCAAAGCAUUAGCCAAUGGAAACAAGGGUAGAGGCACCUCUGGAAAUACUGCUCCACCUACUGGGGACACAGAUGACCUGCACGUUAACUGAUCUCAUUCGUUCAUUCUGCCCCACUAAUAUAGCACUUCUGCAAGCAGUCCAUAAUUGUCUGAAAUUGUAAUAUAUUCACAUGGAAGGCGUUCACCUUUAUAAACGCAAAUGCCCUUUUCCCCAUACAUAUCUGUAAUAGCUUUGCAAUUAAUUGCAUUAUGUAUGGGAAGCACAAAUUAAAAGGGCUAUAUAUUUUUUUUUGUUUGUUUUUUAUCUUUGUAAUAGUAUUGUGUUAUGAUGUUGUUCUAUUUUUUUUUCCAUAAUUUAAUAAUAUGGAACACCAUGUAUAGAUAUGUUUCCAUAAUAAAAUAAACUCCUUUCGGAAAAUAUAUGCAAUAUUGAAACAUAACAAAUUGCAAAUAGAUACCUUCUAUUUAAGGUUUGGUGUACAAAAUAAGACGUCUGAACAUUGUACACGGAGCCUUAGUUUAUUGCAGGUGGAUUUGGAUCAUAUAGAAGAUUCACAAUCUCCGCACUUGUAUUGAGUCCUCUUAAACAUGCAGAUGAGAAGACAUUCAAAACACCUCAUUUUAACAAAUGCACAUAUUAGUAUUGCUCUUUUUUAGCCACUUGCUUUUAAUCAGAGCUAUAAGUUUUAUAUUCAUUUAAAAAAAAAUCUCAUGCCUAUUAAAGUAUUUAUUUAUUUAUAUUUAAUUGCAUCACAGCUACACCUGGAGGGUAGUGUUUUGUUGGGUAUUUUCUUAUACUGGAAGACAAGCCAAUUCUGACCUGCAAACACUUUUAUUUUGACUCUCAAACAAAGUCAAUCACUUCACUUGUAUCUACUUCUGUCAGUAUGCAGUGAUAUCAAAGCGCUAUGUGGUUCUGUGGUUGGGCUGCACAAACUGCUCACAUUGCAGCAUUUCCUUCAGUACAUUUGCUGUGAUUUUAUGAGAGCAAUGUAGCCCCCUUGAGCAUUUGGUAAAUCAAUAGAGCUUUUUAUAUGCCUUGCCCUGCUAACAAAAUAGAUCUUUGAGACGUAGUCAGUUUUUCUAACUAUGGACCUAUACAUACAC